AUGGUUGCCUUUUUGUUAGUACUAAGUCCUGCCGGUGGAAUUUAUACACUAUAUGCGUAUGAAGCACUAUCUGCACUAGUAACAAGAAGAAAGUACAGAAAAUGCCAACUACUGUCUCGUGGACCAGAAGUAGAAGAUUGCGUGAAUGACAAGGAAAGGCCUUGUAUACCACGUAGAUUUGCGUUCGCUUGCUUCAUCAGCUUCUACUAUUAUUCUCCCGUUUUUCCCCAAAAAAGCAUAAAAGAAAACGGACAGUUUCUCCUGGAUAUUUCUCACUAUUCCCAUUCCAACACCGAUGCCAAUCACAAAGAAGUGCAGAAUCUUGCAGAAGAGCGAAUUCAUAAGAAUUUAUCCAGCUGUUUUAUAGUCGUUUUUGAAAUUGUUGAUAGCUACUUUCUGAAUCCAAGUGCCAUCAAUUUCGUGCAAGACUUCCUCCAGCUAUCUUUACAACUUAUGACUCUUGGAGAGUAUGAAAUCACGAAUCCAGUACUUUCUCAAGUGGAGAAAUUAAAAAAGCAGUACUUUUGGCAGCUCAUUCAACAAAAACAAAGGGCGAAGAGUGAAGCUCCACAAACCAAUUACUUAGAAGAGUUCUUUGUCUACAAAUCGUGGGUGUGCAAAGGAUCCGCAUUAUCGCAUAAAUCAUGGAGAAACGAAAUAAUCUAUUUUCCUCCUACCGAUGACGCUUGGUCCUCUUCAAGUGAAUUAAACCAGCGUUUUUUAAGAAAUGAAACAAAUAAUAAUUUUAUUGUCAGCAUUGCCAGUGUCAGAGAACAAGUAAAAAACAAUUGGGUGUAUGAUGAAUGUUUAAAAAGGUAUGUAUUUUGGCUUCUACCUCCCAAUAAACACUCACACAUAUCAGUCAUUUUAAAGAUUAAACAUUUCCCUUUCCAAUGCAUGCAUGAGGAUACAAACAAAUUUAUGCGCUCUAAAUUUUGA